AUGAAAUUAACCUUUCUACAUGGUAUCGGAGCCUAAAAAUCAAAAACCCUAAACCCCCUCUCUCUCUCGUUCGGCCUUCUCUCUCGCCGUCAGCGCCGACUCUCCCUACGGCAGCUCUCCUCACCGGCGACACCCUCUCCUCCUCGGCGGUCCUCUUCUUCCCCUCACCAUGGCCGAAAACAGCGAGAUCACUUCCCAAAAUAACUCCUCCAAACCUCCUCAUCUUGCUUUCACAACAAUCUCAAACGUGAAACUCCAUGUCCCCGUUCAACUCAGUCUCUCCCAACCUAAUUACAAAAAGUGGAGCCGACACUUCCUUCUUCUAGUUCGGCGAUUCAACCUCAAGGGCUACAUCGAUGGCUCCGUCGUCCCCCUCUCUGAUGACGACGACGAAUGGUUCCAACUCGACGCUCUUCUCCAGGGUUGGAUCCUCUCCACCAUCACCGAUGAGGUCUCAGAUCUGGUCAUCUCCUCUGUCUCUACUGCCUCUGCUCUCUGGAAAGUCAUCAACGACUUGUUCCACGACAACAAACAUGCUCGAGCUAUGCAAUUGGAACAUGAAUUUCGCACGACAGUCAAGGGCAACUCCACUAUGGCAGCCUAUUGCCAACAACUGCAGAAUCUUGCCGACUGGCUGGAUGAUGUUGAUGCACCAGUCUCCCAACACCAACUCGUCCUUCAAAUGCUUCGUGAGGCAGAAUACCGGGCUGUGGCAAAUGCAGUUGCUGAGACUUCUUGGGUCCGAAAUCUUCUUCUUGAGCUCCAGCAACCACUACGACGCGCCACCCUCGUCUUCUGUGACAACGUCAGCACCGUCUAUCUCUCAUCGAAGCCAGUUCAGCACCAGCGCACUAAGCACGUUGAAGUCGACAUACACUUUGUGCGAGACAAAGUAGAACUCGGCCAUAUCCGAGUCCUUCACGUGCCCUCCUCUUCACAGUAUGCUGACAUCUUCACCAAAGGACUACCUUCUCUACUCUUCCUCGAGUUUAAGUCCAGUCUGGGUAUCAGACCCCCUCCUCAUCCGACGUAGCCGGGAGCAUGUUAAAUAUAUUCUAUAUUUAAUGUAAAUAUAUUGUUUCCUAUUAUUGUCUCCUACCUUGUAUAGGAUUAGGAAUAUAUUGUUUCCUAUUAU